AUGGACGAAUCCACCCGCCUCCUAUACAUCUCCUCGCUCCCCCUCUACACGCGCGAGAUCCCCUACUACGUGUUCGAGAAGCUGCCGCCUGGGUAUCCGUACACCAAUAUCGAGUACACGCUCGGCCCGCCGCAGCUGAUCCGCGACGUGCGCGGUCGAGAGGAAGAGUUCGGGCUUGAUACGCAUGGCUUCGUUUACAAGCCUUUCCAGCCGCCGAGCGGGAUUGAUUAUGGGGAUGAGGAGGCGCUGAGGAAGAAGUAUUUUCCGGUGGUGGAGGGGUGGUUGAAGGAUCUGCUGGGGGGGCAGGUGGUUAGGGCGGAGGUUUUUGAUUUUAGGCAGCAGCGAGCGCGGGCAAUGUUCAAGACCAAGACCUCACGUUCUAACGAGCAAGCCGUGCAGAUGCGAGACGCGACGCUGAAAGACUACGGGAACCCCGACGUGCACAACUACAUGGCGGUGAUUCCGCCCGUGCCGGUGAUUCAUGCCGACCAGAGCCCCGCCGGCGUCCUCGGCUGGAUGCAUCGGAACCUGCAGGACGUCGACUCGCUGAUCGCGAAGUACCGGGUGCGGCUAUUUACCGUCUGGCGCCCCAUCACCCCGCUCGUCGAAGACGUGAGCCUGACAGUGUGCGACGCACGCACCUCUUGCCGGGCGGACUUCCUCGAGGUGGAGUUCGUGGACCGCACGGUAGUGCGGCGCAACUACAUGGCGAUGUACUCGGACAAGUUUGAGUUCUACUACCAGAGCCGCAUGACGGAUGGCGAGUGCUGCGUGUUCAAGGUGUUCGAUAGCGAUGCGGCUGUGCCCGCAAAGUGUGUCCCCCAUGGCGCGUUCACGCAUGCACUGCCGCAUAGAGAGGGCACAGUGCCGAGGAGGAGUAUCGAGGUUCGGUUUUUGGUGUUUUCGGAGGUGUAGGGAAGGGGAUGUGUUUAAAAAUGAGUAUGUAAAGGCGGCUGGUGAUGUGUGAUGGCUAGUGAUGUUGCUACCUACUGCACCGACGUUACUCAGAGCGACUGGCGCAUGUAGACUUGGAAGUCCACCUCCCGUCACCUCCGCUGAAUGUGAUAGUACUUUGGUGCUGCUGUACCUACACCGAUCACAUCUCGACAGCCACCAGCCUCAUUCAGCCUCCUGCACGUAUACUUCUCUCGCCCCCCUAGCCGACGCACCCACAACCGAUCUUCCUUACGGCUAGUUGACUGACC